AUGGCAGAGUAAUAAUAAUAAUAGGGCUAGUAAGCAGAACAAAAUGCUGAAGAAUUAUCAGUUAAAUAGGUUAAAUAACCAAUUAAAAGGUUUAUUAAUCAAAUUCCUCCUGAAAUUCUUGAUAAUUAGUUAUUAAAUGAAGCUAUUAAAAUUCUACCCUCCCAUUAUAAUUUUGAGAUUCAUAAAUCAAUCUGGCGUAUCAUCGAAAGAAAGGAAUAACUUGGAAAAGAUAAUAUUAUUGUCACUUUGCAAUUCCCUGAGGGACUUAUGCUUUUUGCUUGCUUGAUUGCUGAUAUCUUAUAGAAUUUUGCUUAAUGUGAAUGUAUUAUUAUGGGUGAUGUUACAUAUGGUGCUUGCUGUGUAGAUGAUUUAGGAGCAAAAGACCUUGGAUCAGAUUUUCUUAUUCACUACGGCCAUAGUUGUUUAGUACCAAUUACAGAUACUUGUACUAAGACUCUUUAUGUCUUUGUAGAAAUAGCUAUUGAUAUGAAUCAUUGGUUGGAAACAGUUCGUUUGAAUUUCCCAAACAAAUCUGAUAUUAUAAAUUUAAUGGGUACAGUUUAGUUCAAUACUAUAAUGUUUGAAAGUAAAAAAAUUCUUGAAUCUGAGGGUUAUAAUAUUGUAAUGCCAUAAGAAAAACCAAGAAGUGCUGGUGAAGUUUUGGGAUGUACUUCUCCCAAACUACCAGUCAACACUUCAGGUAAAAAUAUUGUAUUGUUUUUAUGUGAUGGUCGUUUUCAUAUGGAAGCAACUAUGAUAGCUAAUCCUGAAUAUCAGUUCUAUCAAUAUAACCCAUAUUCAAAGGCAUUAACUAUCGAGAGUUAUGAUCAUAAAAUGAUGUUAGAUAUUAGAUAUAAAGAGGUAUAAAAAUCAUAAAAAAUAAACAAAAGAGUAGGAAUAAUUAUGGGAACUCUUGGAAGAUAAGGGUCUCCUCAUAUCUUAAAAAGAAUUGAAGACUUAUUGAAGGAAAAAAAUGUAGAUUAUUUUGUUUUGUUAGUCUCUGAACUUAACUUUUAGCAGCUAGAGUUGGUUGCUGACGAAGUUGAUUUCUUUGUUUAAAUCAGCUGUCCUAGAUUGUCUGUUGAUUGGGGAGCUGCUUUUAGUAAACCUUUGUUGAAUCCAUAUGAAUUUUUCGUUGCUAUGAAAUAAAUAGAUUGGAAGAGUAUUUAUCCUAUGGAUAAUUAUUCUAACAAUGGAGAAAUGUGGACUAAUUAUUUCCAUAAGAAUAAAGGAAAAAAAUGCAACGAAGAAUGUCAAUAAGGAGCAUGCACUUGCAAUAGUAAGAAGAAUAAGAUAAGAAUUAAAUAUGAAUGA